CCCCGGGAUUCCAGGACCGACCAUGCACCUGAGGGGCCCCGGGAUUCCAGGACCGACCAUGCCCCUGAGGGGCCCCGGGAUACCAGGACCACCCAAGCCACUGAGGGGCCCCGGAAUACUAGGAUCACCCAAGCCAUUGAGGGGCCCUGGGAUACUAGGAUCACCCAAGCCACUGAGGGGCCCCGGGAUACCAGGACUGUCCAUGUCCCUAAGAGGCCCCGGGAUGCCAGGUGCUCCGCUGAGGGGCCCGGGGAUUCUAACCCCAGGAUCGGUCAGGCCCCCGGCAAUACCAGGCCCCGCAGCGACCAGGAACAUGAGGUUUGCGGGACCGAUGAGGGGCCCGAUGUUUCAGGGGACAUUACCACAGAGCAACGGAAUGCCGGGACCCGUGGCGCUAAGGGGCCCCAUGCUCCCGGGGCCCGCAGGAAGGGCCAUGCCGAUGAGGGGCCCCAUGCUCCUGGGGACAGGUCCCGCCUCGGACCCCGGUUAUGCCAAUGCCACCGAGGAACCGGCUGGCGAUGGGGGCCCCGAAGAAUGGCCUUCAGAGCCUGCCCAGGGGCCCAGCCCACAUGGCAGCUCCUUUAAGAAGCCCGUCGCUCCUGGGCGGCCCGGCGGCCAUGAAAAGACCGUGGAACCCGGAGAUAAACCAGCAGCCCCCGUGCGGCCUCCUGUCCCCGGCCCAGAUGGGGAAGAGGCCCCGGAUGUCGGCCCCGGGCUUCCCUCUGAUGCCUACAGAUCGGCCCCUGCCAUUCCCUAUCGGGAGCCUCCCUGGUCGGGGCCGCCCCAGGCCCUUUACAGCUUGGAGGUGCUGAAGGGGGGCGCCAUCCUCUCCACCAGGAACCUGGCCAACACCAGCUGGACAGUCUUCGGCCGACUCCCCGCCUGCCACGUCCCUCUGGAGCACCCCUCCGUGUCGCGCUUCCACGCCGCGCUGCAGUACCGCCCCUCCCCCGGCUCCGAGCCCAACCAGGAGCGCGGCUUCUACAUCUACGACCUGGGGAGCACGCAUGGAACCUUCGUCAACAAGCAGAGGAUCCCGCCCAAAACCUACACCGCCACCGCGUCCGGGUGGGGCACGUCCUGAGGUUUGGGGGGGAGCACCCGACUCUUUAUACUGCAGGGCCCAGAAGAGGACCAGGAGGCGGAGUCUGAGCUGACGGUGACACAGAUAAAAGAAACACGCCGGCAGAGAGAGACUCUGCAGAGGAGGAUGCUGGGAGAUGACUCUGAUGACGAGGACGAACCCUCUGAGGAAGGCAAGAGAGAGCGGACCGGCACUGGGGACGAGGCUGGCUGUAUGUGGGGGAUGGGGGAGGACGCCAUGGAGGAGGAGAGCGAGGAGAACCCGAUUGCUUUGGAGUUUCAGGAAGAGCGGGAAGCUUUGUACCUUAAGAAUCCCAAGAAAGCCCUGCAAGGCUUCUAUGACCGAGAAGGGGAAGAACUGGAAUUUGAAUACGAAGAGAGGGGCCGGGGUCCUGGCUCUGCCGAAUAAAGUUACCGGCUGAUGAUUCCAAUGGGAAGCAACUGGUAGCAGAAGUCAGCCAUUCUGGUAAGAAGAAGGAGGCAGCCAAUCUCUGCGCUCUGGAGGCGUGCCGCAUGCUGGAAAUGAGAGGCUUACUCCGCCAGGAGGCUGUUUCACGGAAAAGAAAAGCCAAGAAGUGGGAAGACGAGGACUUCUACGACAGCGACGACGACACUUUCCUCGACCGUACAGGAAUAGUAGAGAAAAAGCGUCUAAACCGCAUGAAGCGGGCCGGCAAGAUCGAGGAAAAACCAGACACCUUCGAGUCCCUGACCGCGAAACUGGAGCUCGUGGAAAAGGAAAUCUUGGAGGUCGCCGCAAAGCUGAGAACAUCUCAAACAGGUGUGACCCCGCCUUCUGCGCAGGACUCCCUGGACGCCUUCAUGACCGAGAUGAAAGCUGGGAGCUCUCUGGACAGCGUGUCCCGGAAGAAGCUUCACCUGCAGUCCCUGGAGCUGAAGAAGGAGCAGCAGAGGCUGACGAGUCUGAUAAAGAUUGUCCAGCCCACCAAACUCCCCGAGCUGAAGGCCAGCCCAGCGGCAGAAGACCCCAAGGCCAAGAAGCUGACCUUACCCUUGUUUGGGGCCAUGAAGGGAGGAAGCAAAUUCAAGCUGAAGACCGGCACUGUUGGGAGAUUGCCACCAAAGCGGACGGAUCUCCCGGCGAGCCUCUUUACCAUGAAAGACACAGAUGAGCCUGAAGAGGAGGAUGAGGAUGAAGAAGAACAAAUGAAAGUAGACAGUCCAGGUGAUGGCCGCUCGGGAGACAGGUCACCAUUGGCUGAAACAACUGAGCACAGCAUGAAGACCAGUCGCAUUCCAGACAUUCAGGCUGCCAGCAGAGUGGAGGAGGUUCAGAGGGCGAGUCCGGAGGAACAGCAGGAAUAUCCAGAGCACAGCGCUCACACCCGCCCCCCGAAAGGCCAGAAGAAGCCAGCGACUGAUGCAACCCCCAAACCGGCUGCGGAAAGGCAGAAGAAAGUGUACGGCCCCGGCAAG